AUGCUGCGCUGCUGCCGGGCGGGCGCGGCCAUCGCUGCCCGCUGCACUCCGGGCUCCCCGCGCGGCCUCGCCAUGGCCAAGAGCAAGUUCGAGUACGUGCGGGACUUCGAGGCGGACGACACGGUGCUGCCCAACUGCUGGAUCGUGGUGCGGCUGGACGGCCGCAACUUCCACAGGUUUUCUGAGCAGCAUGAAUUCAAAAAGCCAAAUGAUGACCGUGCUCUGCAUUUGAUGACCAAGUGUGCCCAGACAGUGAUGCAAGAACUGGAGGAUAUUGCUAUUGCUUAUGGACAGAGUGAUGAAUAUAGUUUUGUUUUCAAAAAGAAGAGCAGAUGGUUUAAAAGAAGAGCAAGUAAGUUCAUGACUCAUGUGGUGUCCCAGUUCUCCUCAAGUUACGUGUUCUAUUGGAAGGAUUACUUCAAGGACCAGCAGCUUCUGUACCCACCAGGAUUUGAUGGACGAAUUGUGUUGUAUCCCAGCAACCAGAAUUUGAAGGACUACCUCAGCUGGAGGCAAGCAGACUGCCACAUUAAUAACCUUUAUAAUACAGUGUUCUGGAUGCUUGUACAGCGGAGUGGUUUGACACCAGUGCAAGCACAGGAGAGGCUCCGGGGAACUUUGGCUGGAGAUAAGAAUGAAAUCUUAUUUUCUGAAUUCAACAUCAACUACAACAAUGAACCUUUGAUGUAUAGAAAAGGAACUGUCCUAAUAUGGCAGAAGAUUAGUGAAGUCAUCACUAAGAAAAUAAAACUGCCAAAGGAAGAAGAAGAAAAAGAAGUGGAAGUGACCCGCACUAAGACUAAAGUUGUUCCCCUGCACUGUGACAUCAUUGGGGACCAGUUCUGGGAGGAAUAUCCUGAGAUUCUGGCUGAGGACAGUUGAUAUCUCUGAUGAGCAUAACUUACAGUUUACAUUUUGCUCUGCAAGUGAGGAAUACAAAUGGUGGCUGGCAGAGUUUGACCUGUAACCCUCUUCAGCAGCUACAUUGGGUUUAGCACUGUUGCUGCCUAAAAAGAAGACAGUGGUGCUGUCUGACAUACAGGAUAUGCCCAUGUGGAAAGCUGAAAUCAUACUAUAUUUUGAAUGUUAAGAACACAUCAUGAAUUAAGACUGUUCCUGCCUUGUACAUGUGUAUUUGUAAAAAACAUAUAUAUAAAUUUCCUGUAUUUCUAUAGCAAUUAAACAAUGAGGUAUUUUUUUUAACUGCUGGACUAUUAAAAAGCCUGCAUAUGUGAACAGAAGAUUAAUAUUUUGAUUUUUGUUUUCAACUGAAUACUUAAAUUGGGAUUUGAUAUUAAAUUUCAAGGCUGGUGUGUUUAGUCAGAUGAAUGACAAAUUGUUCAACUGCCUGAUGUCUGAUUCUUACUGAAAUGCAAUGGAGUAGCCCAGAAGUUUUCUAUGGUUGAUUUAAAAGUAUUUGUCAAAUGUGCAGGAUUUUUAUACUUCUGAAAAAUAUAAAUAAUAUUACCUUC